CCUUUUUGGCGGGAAUGGGUCCCAUUCCAUCCUCUUCUCCUCUUAAAUACUAAUCCUCAACUUCCUCUAUAAUGGCCACUCUCCGCCGUCGCCGUUGCCGUCGCCGUCAUCAUGUUCUACCAUAGUUUUAUCUCUGCCUCUUUUCACUAGCCAAAACCCACAUUCAGACAACAGAGGCCAAAAUGAUGAUGCCCACAUUUUCCUUUCUGUUGCCACUCUCCUUUUUCUUCACGGCCGCCUUUUCCCUUACCCCUGACGGUAUCGCACUCCUCUCAUUGAAAUCUGCUGUUGACGAUGGCGGCGGCAAUGCCUUAUCUGACUGGAACGAGAGCGACAGUAACCCGUGUCACUGGACCGGGAUUUCCUGCAUGAAUAUCUCAAGUUUUUCUGAGUUACGAGUUGUCGGAAUCGCUGUUUCCGGCAAAAAGCUCCGAGGUUAUAUUCCGUCGGAGCUCGGAACUCUGACAUAUCUCCGCCGACUCAACCUUCACGGCAACCAUUUCUAUGGCUCAAUUCCUGACCAGCUCUUCAACGCUUCUUCACUCCACAGUGUAUUUUUAUACGGUAAUAAUCUAUCAGGUCAUCUUCCUCCCUCACUCUGUAAACCCCGUCUCAUUCAGAACAUUGAUUUCUCGAAUAACUUCCUUUCCGGCGAGAUCCCCAAAUAUCUUGGCAGUUGCCGGAAGUUACAGAGGCUAAUCUUGUCCCGGAAUGAGUUUACCGGCCAAAUUCCCGACGGAAUUUGUUCGGAAUUGAGUAAUUUGAUUCAAUUGGAUCUAUCAUCUAACAAUAUCACCGGUUUCAUUCCGGGAGAUAUAGGAGAUUUGAAAUCUCUUUCAGGAACACUUAAUCUCUCCUUCAACCAUUUAUCCGGAAUGAUUCCCAUAUCCGUGGGUAAUUUGCCCCUCACAGUCAGUUUCAAUUUCCAAAACAACAAUCUCAGCGGCGAAAUCCCUCAAACGGGUUCAUUUUCAAACCAGGGUCCAAUUGCUUUUCUCAAUAAUCCAUUCCUAUGUGGGUUUCCUUUGCAGAGAACUUGCCAAAUCAACAGUACUGAAAUUGAUCAGACCGUAAACAACAGUUCUACUACGAGUAAGAGACGUCUGAGUCCCGGCUCCAUCGUGUUGAUAGCAGCCGCUGAUGCAGCCGUAGUGGGUUUUAUCGGUCUGGUUAUAAUCUAUCUAUACUGGAAGAAGAAAGAUAACCAUGUUUGUAGCAGUUCGAGUGUAAAUGAGAAUAAAUCCCCAUUCUGUCCAUGCAGUCGGUUUCCGAAUCCGGCUUCAGAAGUGGAAUUGGAGAAAGGCGGCGGCAGUGGCAGUGGGAGUGGAAGAAUUGAAGGUGGUCGGGAGGCUGAACUUGUAACGAUUGAUAAGGGUUUGAGAAUUGAAUUGGAUGAGUUAUUGAGAUCAUCGGCAUAUGUUCUGGGUAAGAGUGGAUUGGGGAUUGUAUACAAAGUUGUUCUCGGAAAUGGAAUGCCGGUGGCCGUGAGAAGAUUGGGUGAAGGGGGUGAACAGAGAUACAAAGAGUUUGUAGCAGAAGUUCAGACGAUAGGAAGAUUAAAGCAUCCGAAUGUAGUGAAAUUGAGAGCUUAUUAUUGGUCUCCUCAUGAAAAGCUUCUUAUUAAUGAUUUCAUCUCCAAUGGCAACUUAGCUUCUGCUCUUCAUGGAAGAACUCGUAUUCAACCGCCAUUUAGCCUUUCGUGGUCAAGCAGGCUAGGAAUCGCCAAGGGAACAGCCCGAGGAUUGACAUACCUCCAUGAAUAUAGUCCAAGGAAGUUUGUUCAUGGAGAUAUUAAACCAUCAAACAUUCUGCUAGACAAUGAAUUCCACCCAUACAUUUCUGACUUUGGACUGGGCUCUCUUAUUAACAUAACGGGUGCAGGUGCAGCCCAGCAAGAUCGGUGGAAUCCCUACCAGGCACCGGAGGCUCGGGUUGGGACUGGAAAACAAGCCACGCAAAAAUGGGAUGUAUAUUCAUUUGGAGUUAUGCUGCUUGAAUUGUUAACAGGGAAAUCGCCAGAAAGUUCAUCUACUUCCACAGAGGUCCAAGAUUUGAUAAGAUGGGUGAGAAGAGGUUUUGAAGGUGAAAAUUUAUUAUCAGAAAUGGUUGAUCCAUUUUUACUUACGGAAGUUGAUGCCAAAAAAGAGAUACUUUCUGUGUUCCAUAUAGCACUUGAAUGUGUGGAGAUAGACCCUGAAAUUCGGCCUAGGAUGAAGACUGUUUCAGAAAAUCUUGGAAGGGCUGGAACAUAAUAAUAAUAAUAAUUGCCUUGAGUCUAAAAAACAAGAUUCUGUACAAAGGUUUCAUAAUUUAAGUUGAAAAUGUAUCCUCCUUUUUGUUUCCUAGUAACCAAAUUCAACAUUUACAUUAUUUCUUUAAAACAGUUGAUGUACAUUAUAUAUUGAAGCAGUUGUUUAAGCUGAGAUCAAUGAAGUAGGAGGCUUAAAAGCAAGAACAGGGAGACAGGCAACAAUGUAGAAUGUGAUCUUUUGUUUGAAUCUCUUCAUGACCAAAAUUCUACCUUCUCCCCACUGGAGAAUCGAUACCAUCCUCUUCUUCUU